AUGAGGUCACCGGAAGUCAACCCCCCCCCCCAACCAUCCAUUGAUCUCUCCCAGUACGAGCCCUCCGACAUCAUCACCCGAGAUGUGUGCGUUAUCGGAGGCGGCGCCGCAGGGACCUACGCCGCGAUCCGCCUGCGCCAGCUGAACAAGAGCGUCGUGCUCGUCGAAAGACAGUCUCGUCUGGGUGGCCAAACCACCACCUACACCGACCCGGUCACCGGCAAAUCCAUCGACUACGGCGUCACCUAUUUCCAGAACCUGCCGCUGGUGCGCAACUUUUUCGACCAUUUUGGCAUCCCCCCUUCCUCGUUCCCCACUCCGGCUGAAGCUGCCCACGCUAAGGAGAAAUACAUCGCUCAGCUCGAUCGCUACCCCUACCUGAAAGUGGGGUUUGAUCUGCCUAAUCCGGUCCCCGAGGAUCUCCUGCUUCCCUUUGGUGACUUCCUACGAAAAUACGGUAUGGAUGCCGCCAUCGCCGAGCUGGGCGCGUCGAUCAAUCCCCUCGGCGAUUGGCCGUCCAUGCCGACGCUCUACGUGUUCAAGUAUCUCAAUUCGGACGUCAUGGAGGGCGGCCGAUCCGGGUUCGUUCGUCCGGUCGAUCACAACAAUAGUGCUCCCUACGUGGCGGCGCAGAGAGAGCUGGGCGAUGACGAUGAUCUCCUUCUGGACUCGUCCGUGCGGCGCACCCACCGUGAUCAUCCAGAUGGAUGGACCUACAUCGAGAUCCAGAACAUCUCGCCAUUAUCCCGACCGCGCCUCAUUCGCGCGAAGAAAGUCAUAGUCGCCGCGCCCCCCAAACCAGAUAACCUGAACGGAAUCGAUCUGACCGAGGCCGAAAGGACCCUCUUCUCCCAUUUCUCCAAUACUUACUUCUACACGGCCCUGGUGCGUAUCACUGGUCUCCCAGACGACAUAUGCUACUUGAACCGCGGCGCAGAGGACCCCUUCUGGCGUCCGCAUCUACCGGCCAUGUUACUACUGCGUCCGAACGAGGUGUCCGAUCUGCGAACCGUACACUACGCCAGUCCCCAUCCGCUGUCCGAGGAGCAAAUCAGGCGCGGCAUCGUGCAGGAUAUCCACCGGGUAAGAGGUCUGGCGCAGAUCGACGGGGAGGUCUCGGAGCCCGAGUUCGUCGCAGUCGGGAACCAUAGUCCCUAUCAGUUGACAGUGUCGGCGGAUGUCAUCGCCGAUGGAUUCUACGAGAGAUUGAAUGCCCUGCAGGGUCGGAAGAGUACCUUCUACACUGGUGCGGCGUUUGAAUCUCAUAAUUCGCCGCAGAUUUGGCAGUUCACAGAGGAUCUGCUGCUUCAGCGGGUUCUUCCAUCUUUGGAGGAGUAG